AGCCAUUUGCUGCUUCCCAGUGCGGCUUUCCGGCGCAGGCACCGCUCGCGCUCCAACUUUGGCCGCGCUCCUCCCGGAGUGGCGAGACCACGGAACCGCAGCCAUGACUGAGGCAGAUGUAAAUCCAAAAGCCUAUCCCCUCGCAGAUGCCCACCUCACCAAGAAGCUGUUGGACCUCGUUCAGCAGUCCUGUAACUACAAGCAGCUUCGCAAAGGAGCCAAUGAGGCCACCAAAACCCUCAACAGAGGCAUCUCGGAGUUCAUCGUGAUGGCCGCGGAUGCCGAGCCGCUGGAGAUCAUCCUGCACCUCCCGCUGCUGUGUGAAGACAAGAAUGUGCCCUAUGUGUUUGUGCGCUCCAAGCAGGCCCUGGGCCGGGCCUGUGGCGUGUCCAGGCCUGUCAUCGCCUGCUCCGUCACCAUCAAGGAGGGCUCGCAGCUGAAGCAGCAGAUCCAGUCCGUCCAGCAGUCCGUCGAGAGGCUCCUUGUCUAGGCCCCUGUCCAAGGCGGGGGUCGGAGGUGGUCUGGGCUAGUGCGCCAUUCCCUCAUCGUUGUGAAAUAUUGUCCUGGUUUUUGAAUUUUUGUAUUGUUUCGUUGCCCUUUUUCUCUCCCUCCUUCUCUCUGCCAUCUCCUCCUGUUCCCUUUGGACCCAGAGCUAGUGCCUGGAAGAAAGCAGCACGUGGGGGCUGCGUUCAGAGGCAGGGAUCAGCCAGGAGCAACCUUGUAGAACCAAGUCAGAGCUCUGGCUCCAGCUUGGGCCCGCUCCAAGGACCCACUGGGCACCCUGUAUGCCCAGCACACAGAACCUUACAUACAUGUGAAGGAUUGGUAGCUUUCCUUUGCUUUCUAGGGGGUGGGUCACUUGGGUGGGUUGGGGGGACGCUUGUGUUGGGGAGCCGUUUGGGCAUCUUCAGCUACCAGUGUGCCCCUAUGACUUGAGCAGGGCAGCAAUCAUGCCAGAGAGGUCCUGCAAGCUUGGUUCAGAGGCAGCCUGGGCGAGGGAGACUUGGGACAGCCCAAGGCAGCCGAAUCCCAGGAAACCUGUGUGUGGGUUCCUUCAGUGGACAUUUUGUGCAGAUGCUGAGAGCCCCAGCGCUGCUUCUGCCACAAUGCCUGGCAGCCGUGUCCUCUCCCCCCAAAAGGGACAGUGCUCAUGUGAGCUAAUUCAUUCUUGAGAGCAUUCUAAUAAAAGGAUUUACUCAC